UCCUUCUUUUUCCCCCAGAUGGCCCAGAUAUUGCCACAAUUGACCAUAUAAGUGAUCAGUUCGCAACGGGGAUAAAUGUUACCUUGAGCUGUGUUGCUGAUUCUAACCCACCAGCACAAUUCACUUGGUUACAGAAUGGACAAUCUGUCAGCAACUCAGCCUCAUUUUCUAUUAUUACAUCCCUGAAUCAUAUCGGAAACUAUACCUGUAUUGCAACUAACUCAUUUACUGGCUUGACGCGCACUGCAAACAAGACUCUUAUGAUCUAUGCGCCAGUGUCCAAACCUACCAUUGUCACCUCCAACAUUACUGCAGUGGAGACCAAGGACUUCUCAUUGACAUGCCAGGCUACAGGCCAAAUUCACGCUUACCAGUGGUUCAUAAACGGAGUUGCCCCAGCUGGUAGCAGGAUACAGCUGUCGCCAGAUAAGAGGACACUCACUCUCAGCAGGCUCACAAGAAGAGAUAACAAAGGGCCAUAUGAGUGUGAAAUCCGGAAUCCAUUUUUUAGCAAUAGGAGUCAUCCAUUCACACUGGAUGUUGCCUAUGGCCCAGAUAUUGCCACAAUUGACCAUAUAAGUGAUCAGUUCGCAACGGGGAUAAAUGUUACCUUGAGCUGUGUUGCUGAUUCUAACCCACCAGCACAAUUCACUUGGUUACAGAAUGGACAAUCUGUCAGCAACUCAGCCUCAUUUUCUAUUAUUACAUCCCUGAAUCAUAUCGGAAACUAUACCUGUAUUGCCACUAACUCAUUUACUGGCUUGACGCGCACUGCAAACAAGACUCUUAUGAUCUAUGCGCCACUGUCCAAACCUACCAUUCUCACCUCCAACAAUGCUGCAGUGGAGACCAAAGACUUCUCAUUGACCUGCAAUGCUACAGGUCAAAUUCACGCUUACAAGUGGUUCAUAAACGGAGUUGCCCCAGCUGGUCUCAGGAUACAGCUGUCGCCAGAUAGGAGGACACUCACUCUCCGCAGUCUCACAAGAAGCGAUAACAAAGGGCCCUAUGUGUGUGAAAUCGAGAACCCAUUUUAUCGCAAUAGGAGUGAUCCAUUCACACUGGAUGUUGCCUAUGGCCCAGAUAUCACCACAAUUGUACAUUCCCCCGAUGAGUACCCUCCUGGGGCAAAUAUUACCUUGAGCUGUGUUGCUGAUUCUAACCCUGCAGCACAAUUCACUUGGUUACACAAUGGACAACCAGUCAGCAACUCAGCCACAUUUUCUAUUAUUGCAUCCCUGAGUGAUGCUGGCACUUAUACCUGUACUGCAUCUAACUCAUUCACUGGUUUGACGCGUACUGCAACCAAGAAUAUUAUAAUCUAUGGUCAAAUUCACACUUACAAGUGGUUCAUAAACGGAGUUGCCCCAGCUGGUCGCAGGAUACAGCUGUCGCCAGAUAGGAGGACACUCACUCUCCGCAAUCUCACAAGAAGAGUUAACAAAGGGCCCUAUGUGUGUGAAAUCGAGAACCCUUUUUAUCGCAAUAGGAGUGAUCCAUUCACACUGGAUGUUGCCUGUGAGUAA